AUGGGGGCGCGCGAAUGCCCUGCCUUGCUGCUCCUGCUGUCCCUGCUGCUGCUUCCUCUGGGCCUCCCCGUCCGGGGCGCCCCUCCGCAUCUCAUCUGUGACAGCCGCGUCCUGGAGCGGUACAUCCUGGAGGCCCGGGAGGCUGAAAACGUCACGAUGGGCUGUGCUGAAGGCUGCAGCUUCGCUGAGAAUAUCACCGUCCCAGACACCAAGGUUAACUUCUAUGCCUGGAAGAGGAUGGAGGUGGAGCAGCAGGCCCUGGAAGUCUGGCAGGGCCUGGCUCUGCUCUCAGAAGCCAUCCUGCGGGGCCAGGCUCUGCUGGCCAACUCCUCCCAGACCUCUGAGACCCUGCAGCUACACGUGGACAAAGCCAUCAGCGGCCUGCGCAGCCUCACCUCCCUGCUCCGGGCGCUGGGAAGCCAGAAGGAAGCCAUCUCCCUUCCAGAUGCAGCGGCCACUGCUGUUCCACUCCGAACAUUCACUGUUGAUACUUUGUGCAAGUUUUUCCGAAUCUACUCCAACUUCCUGCGAGGAAAGCUGAAGCUGUACACAGGGGAGGCCUGCAGGAGAGGGGACAGGUGA